AUGCAAGCGACGAGCAUUCACAAUCUCAAAGGCCUACAUGUUGAUCAGACUGGUCAUGGCCAGUCAUAUGAUAAAGGUGAGAUGCUUCGAGCUCGUAAUCUCAAGCGAUAUAUCAAUCAAUGUACGGUAGCCAAAGCACAAUGCGAAAAAAGAAUCAAGAUGCUUGGCGGGCCAGACUAUACUAGCCAAAAUUCUGGGGAUGUCAAGCUGGAUGAUGGGAAUUUGUCAUCGAGACGCAAGAAGCAGGCAAAGCAACAGAAGAUAUUGACGUACGCUGAGAUUAUUGACAAUAGUUUGGCACGGAGUUAUUUCAUGCAGUUUCUUGGACAUAAUGGAGCCGAUCAUAUGUUGAG